UGUCUGGAAAUGACCACUAAGCGGAAGCUGAUUGGCCGGCUGGUGCCGUGCCGUUGUUUCCGUGGUGAAGAGGAAGUGAUCUCAGUGUUGGACUACUCCCACUGCAGCCUGCAGCAGGUCCCCAAGGAGAUCUUCAGCUUCGAGAGAACUCUGGAGGAGCUCUACCUAGACGCCAACCAGAUUGAGGAACUACCCAAGCAACUCUUCAACUGCCAGGCCUUGAAGAAGCUGAGCAUGCCCGAUAACGACCUGUCCAACCUGCCCACCACCAUCGCCAGCUUGGUUAACCUCAAAGAGCUGGACAUCAGUAAAAACGGUAUCCAGGAGUUUCCAGACAAUAUAAAAUGCUGUAAAGGCCUGUCUGUGGUGGAAGCCAGUGUCAACCCUAUCACCAAACUCCCAGAUGGUUUUACGCAGCUCCUGAAUCUGACCCAGCUCUUCUUAAACGAUGCCUUCUUGGAGUAUCUGCCAGCUAACUUUGGCAGACUCUCCAAACUACGGAUCCUGGAGCUGAGAGAGAACCACCUGAAAACCAUGCCAAACCCGGGGAGGUUGUUGGAACAGAUCCACAACUUAAGAGACACUGUGCUGGGAAUAACAACUCUCACAGUCUAUACCAGGGGUAAGAACAACGACAGUCUGUCUCUUUUGGAGGAGUUGGACUGUAGCUGUAAUGAGUUGGAGUCGUUGCCUCCCACUAUCGGCUACCUGCACAGCCUGAGGACCUUCGCUGCUGAUGAGAACUUCCUCUCAGAGCUGCCCCGGGAGGUACAAUGUGUACAACACUUGCAUAUCAUUACUGCAGGAACAUCUCUCUUUUCUUUCUCACCCCUCCCUCUGUGUGUCUCUCUCAGGUUAAAGAAUCUACCGUUUACCUUUACAAAGCUGAAGGACCUGGCAGCUCUCUGGCUUUCUGACAAUCAGUCCAAGGCUCUGAUCCCACUGCAGACAGAAGCCCACCCUGAAACCAAACAGAAGGUUUUGACCAACUACAUGUUUCCUCAGCAACCGCGACAUGAUGAGGAUUACCAGUCGGACAGUGACAGCUUUAAUCCUACUCUGUGGGAGGAGCAGAGACAGCAGAGGAUGACUGUGGCCUUUGACUUUGAGGAUAAGAAAGAAGAGGAAGACAACUCUGGGAAGGUCAAGGUUGAGAUAAACCUAAAGCGCUACCCAACACCUUACCCUGAGGACCUUAAGAACAUGGUAAAGUCAGUGCAAAGCCUUGUGGGUAAAAGCGUACACGCCGGACACGGGCUCCAGCACCAGCACCAGCAUCAACACCAGCACCAGCACCAGCAUCAGCUGAGCACAGGCACUGCCACUUCGGCAGGAACCAACAUGGAACACACACACCUCAGCAAAGAACAGUACGAACCACCGUGGCCCCUGCCUCCCAAAGAGGUGACAGACAGAGAGAUGCAGGACUUCUCUCAGACUCAGCUAAUGGAUCAGGGAUCAAUGCAUAACUCUGGCAUCGACAUUCCCAAGAGGAAGGACAAAGAGGACCUGACAGAGAGCUCUGAGGACUCGAUGGGCGGCUCUCCCAACGACAUCCGUAUCUCGGACAUGAGGCCCACCCUGGUGGAGCCACCGAUGUACAAACCAAAAGUGGUGCUGCUGGGGAAGGACAAGAAAGAGUCUACAGAUGAGGAGGUGGAUAAGCUUCACUGUCUGAACCACAGCGGCUCCUCAGCCACCUACUCCGACUAUUCUCCCUCACAGGGCUCCUCCGGCUCCUCCAACCCGCCCGCCAACACGCACUCACACACACUGUCUCACACACACCAACACAAUCCCGCCCUGCCGGCCCCCAACAAGGACCAAACCCCUCAAACACACUGGACCAACAGACUGGCUCAGUCGUUCCCCAAGCCCAUUGACUCAAAGCCCCUGCUAUCUCAGAGAGAAACCCCUCCAUCAGGAACCCUGCAGCAGCGUGGAGAUCGACGUCCACUGAGCGAGCCUUUUGACUGGUCCGAGGCCCCUCACUAUGACAACACAGGUUUUGAUGCUGAGGAGUCUCCUCUGGACGCUCCAUCUACUGGGAGUCAGGGAAACCCACCGCUGGGCUCCAAACCCCGCAGCCAGUCAACACAUGGGCGACGCCCCCUCCUCAGGCAAGAGCGAAUCGUAGGAGUACCUCUGGAGCUGGACACUCACACGCUUCCCUUCCACAGCAACCAACGCUCCACUCCAGACAAUGACCCACAAUCCUCCGGACCUUCCAGCCAGAAUCCUUGGCAGAACUGGACCAGAACCCCCAGCCCACUGGAGGACCGAACCGCUUUUCCCUCUAAACUGGAUAUGACGCCAACGUCCAGCCCCAACCCUGAUCGCAAGGACAUAGACUCAAGGAUGGAACAAGGUGCAGGGCCUUUGCCUGGCAGCUGGACAUACCACAACAAUCAGGGGGAGCAGGGCAGGAAGGAUCAGCUAAGUGUCAGCGGGGGCAACAAGGUGACCGUGGUGAUGAGUAAAAGCUCUGACCGCCUGUCUCCCAUGAUGAGGGAGACAAGAUCUAAGUUUAAGAAGUCACAGAGCAUCGAUGAGAUUGACAUCGGCUCCUACAAGGUCUACAGUAUCCCCGUGGACAGCUACAGUUCAUCUAUUGAGCAGCAGACUAGUUUGGACCGUCCAGAGUUGCCCUGUUCUAUGGAGCAGACCAACAUGUCACGGUCACAGUCGGCCCCCAUGUUAGACGAUGAGAUGGGCUUCCCAGGACAUGGAGGCGGCAACCAGAACCACGGGGGACAGAACCAAAAACCUGCCAUCCCACAUAAGGCGUAUCACUUUGACCACAACUACAACCCCCAGGUGACCAUGGACCGUCGGGUCCCUCCCCCCUUCCCCAACACACCAGAUUAUGUCAACCACUCAUCAAAGGCCUUGGAGUACAUCAAUCAACCAGGGAAGACAUUACCCAAGGAGUUGGUGAGCCCUCGGUAUCGUGCAUAUCCACCGCUGGAGAUGUUUUCUUUUCCCCAAUCACCUAUCAAUCAGGAUGGUCCGCCCAGCCAGCAGCAACAGCAGCCAGUCCCUACACAGCGCUCCAGGCCAGGGUUUUUGAGGAGAGCAGAUUCAUUGGUGAGCUCUACAGAGCUUGCUUUGUUCCGCAGAGUCCAUGAAGCCCAGCAGGAGGCGCUGCAGGAAGCUCAGUACAGACAGCAGGCGGAUCCCCCUCUUUAUAGUCGGGCUCUUGUCUACUCCACCCCCAUGGAGCACUCUGCUCUCACCAACAUGGCCGACAGCCAGAGCCAGAUGCUGCACAAUAAGAGAAACGGUCGCUACGAUGACGACUAUACCACCUACCAGGAACAGAAGAAGCCUAUGAUUGGUUACCCGACCAAGAGCCUGACUCAGCGCCGCCCUCUGUCUGCCAGGAGCUACAGUACUGAGACCUACGGAGCAUCUCAGGCCCGCCCAGUGUCAGCUCGUCCCACCAUGGCCGCCCUGCUGGAGAAGAUGCCCCCUGACUACACUCUGGCAACCUGCCCUGAGAAACCAUCUGAUGACACCAUCAAAGUAAGACCUGUCGUACCACAGAAACCUGAAGACAUCACCUCCAGGAUGCCUGCCGACUGGAGGCAACAGCUACUUAGGCACAUAGAGGCCAAACGAUUGGACAGGAGUGGUGUCCUAAAGCACAACACGCUCACGCUGGGCAUGCUCUGUCAGGGCGGGGGUCACGGCCAGGGGCGCAGCAGCACUUUGAACUUUAACCUUUACAAUAACACUAAGCAUGAGCCCCCUGCUGGCCGCUGGCUGCCACUACCUCCUCCUCCGUCUGCUAACGCUACCCCCUCUCAGCAGGCUGCCAUGCUGGACAAUGACCAAGAGGGGGUGUCAGGAAGCAACCAGUGGGCUCCCUACUCCCUGGGCAGGAGGGACGUCCCACCUGACAACCUCAUGAAAAAGAGUGCCCACUCCCACAAUCCUUCCCACCAGUCACACAACACACACAUGAUCGUCACUUCCUCCACCUCCUCCUCGUCUACCACGCCUCACCGUGUAGUCGGGCAGCAGGGCUACGACGGGAUGAUGAACAAAGGGGGCCAAUACCAACCAGGGAUGCCCUUGUCAGUGGUUCCCUCUGGGGGGCCGGGGCAGUACCAAGGCAACAUGUCUCAAGGCCAUCCCAAUGCUGGACAGGGUUAUUCCAGCUCAGGCCUGCCCAUGGCCCUGUCCCCAUCUGGGAACCAACCCCAGUACAACCCCCAUUCCUCCCACUCUUCCCAUCAGCCCUCCCUCCCCGCCACCAACCCCCAGUACCACAGCAACCAGGGCAUGGUCCAUAGCAACCAGGUUGUUAUGACCCACACCAAUCCACGGCCUCAGAGCGCUCGCUGCCUGUUGCAGACGAAAGGCCAGAAGAGCACGGAUGGUUUCCAGGAACAGUUGUGUGUGAGAAUAGAGAAGAACCCUGGUCUUGGUUUCAGUAUCUCUGGUGGCAUCAGUGGCCAGGGGAACCCCUUCAAACCCUCCGACAUGGGUAUCUUUGUUACUAGGGUACAGCAUGACGGGCCCGCCGCCUCCGCCCUGCAGCCCGGAGACAAGAUACUGCAGGCUAACGGACAUAGUUUUUUACACAUGGAGCACGAGACAGCCGUCUCUCUGCUGAAGAGUUUCCAGCGGACGGUGGACUUGAUGGUUCUGAGAGACAGCAGCACGCGCUAAAAAUAGUUUUAUAACAAACAAACAAACAAACACAACAACGCUUCUCUACUCUGCUCAUCGCCAUCCCACGCCACCCCACCUGCCCUCCGCUGGAGGCUUGUGGAACUGAGAAAUGAGCCGCCUUUUUUACCUUUUUAGGGGAACACACAGACAUUUAUUUGCCUAUUGCUGGACCAAAGGCAAAUACUAGUGCCAAAUGUACCAUAGGAAACAUAUCGGCUCUUCUGUCCACCGGCGGUCAGGGACCUGAUCGACGAUUGGACGGACCACAAGAGGACUCUACGCUUUGAGUUCCUACAGGGCUGCUGCAGUUUGGAUUUUGUGGUUGGUUUGUUAAUUAGGCAGUCAUCUUAUUGGCCAGUCUAAAUAGUUUGUUUCUGUUAGUUAGGGUUCUGGGAUAUUUUUGCUUUUCUCCACUGCCUUUUUAUUUUGCUGUCCAUGAUAGAUCUUUAAUAUUUUGUUUGGUGUAGCACAUAUUUUACAUUCAGCGUUCUUCAUUGUUCUUCUUUGCUUUGUCCAGUUCUCUUCUGAUUAAUUUUUUGUUGUCUUCUAAUCUGUUCUCUUAUUUUAUUUUCUGUUCUUCUCUUUCUUUCAGUGUCUUUUGUUUUAUUACUUUUUGCUGUCUUAUGUUGUGUUCUGCAGGUAUUAUUGCCUCCAGUGUAUAGAAAUUGUAAACGUAAGACUUUCUGCCUUGUGUACAUAUAUAGAGCUGCAGCUUUCUAGAGCUGCACUCUCCUUGGGGCCUGGACAGACAGCUCUAAAAGUUUAUGAUUGAUAUAAAUAUUGUUGAUAAACCACAUUCUGAAUUCUCUCUUAUGAACAUACAGGGAUUAUUUCUCCAAAUGGACAAUUUUCUAAAGUAUACCACUGAUUUUUUUUUUCUUUCUGUAAAGAAAACACUGUUCAUAGUUCAUCACUGCUACUUGUUUUUUUUGUUUUAAAAACAGUUGCUUGCACAGCUGUGCUGAAAAGAGCUAAAGCAAUAUUUCUGAGGCUCGGCCCACUGAGAUUUUCAGCAGAGCCUAACUUGUCCUGCAGUGCCAUCUAUCGAGCAAGUCAUGCUAAUGUUUACACACACUGCCAUGCACAUGAACUACCAGGCAAACACACAUAUACAGUAGAUGUAUGUGCCCCCAUACACAACGCAUAUGCAAUGGUGCUCUGUGCACUAUUGCCUAAUAAAGCCCUGUCUAUAUUCUAGCCUGAUUUUAAAUUUCAACUGCUAUUGUAAAACCAAUCACACACACAGACAUUGUAACAUUACUCAUAAUAUCUGUGCCAUAUCACAUUUUGUGGUCCUGUUUUCUAGUAUUGUUACUGCAGUGUUACAUCCCUUUUUAGCUGUUUGAGUUGUAUGAUAAAGUCACAGCAUGCUCUCAUACCAUUGGUCACUGUCAGCCAGCCAUUUUCUGUUGGCUUCUAGAGUUCACUACUCUGUAGAAGACUCUAGAUGUAUUAUACCACUGAGUUUCAGUGAGACUGAUGUUCUAUAGUUGGUGCCAUAUGGACCCUUUUUCCCUCCCUGGUUGUAUUUAAACAGGCCUAAAACUUUAGAGCUUUUACCCCUUUGUGGCCCAGAUCUGAUCUGCAUACAGUGAAAGCAGCAGCGUGUAGGGAAACUGGUUUUAACAUUUGGUGAGGGUCCUGACCUCUGGCCUCCAUGUAGAAAGCAACAAGAGAAAAGAGAAUGUCCCUACAAGAAUCAAUAAGGUAUAACACACAGUUUAAAGUGUCUUAAUGGGUAAAUCUGUAGUGAAUCACAUUUUCCCUUUUUAGACAAUCAGGAAAUUAUCUGAGGCUGUGUGGCUACACUUGAAAUUUCAGUGGAACUUUUGUAACCUGAGGAGAUGCUAAUUGACUCUAGGUGUACAUGGAAAUUUAGAUUUGCCAACUCUGUUGGUGAACGUUGAAAAUUAUAUGUAGAUAGGGUCAGGAAGUGUUUGGAAUAUGACAUUUAAAGGAGCAGGGAAACAAAGUAAUGUCGAAUGACUCAGAUGUAGAAACUGUGGUCAUACAGUCAAAUCUGACCGUCAUGGUCAUGCUUCAGAAAUUGUAUUGACAUGACAGAAGUAACCACAGAAAAAGAGUGAAGAGUUUCAUUUUCUGUCUUCGUGUAAAUGCAACACGUGUCUUGAAGACAUCUCAUGACAGGGAGUUUUGUUCUGUUCUGUAUAACAUCUGAUGUUUCAUCCAGAGCAAAACAACAUCCUUCACUGUCCUUUGCUUUUACUUGACAUGACAGUGUCAUCCUGUGCCCAUUUUGUGUCAACCCUCUUAAUAAGCAUUAGAAUUUAGUUAAUUCAAUAUGAAGGACACAAAAUGGCACAGUUUAGUCUUGUGGUUGAGAGAUCUUAACCACAGGCACCCACCCAACCCUAUUUAGAGUUUGAAAUAUCAAAGAUAUUGUGAUGAGAACAGAGAAAAAGGUUUGAUAAUAUAAUUAUUUUUUACUACAUGUUUCAGGUAAUUCUUUCUAAAUAUAUUGAUAUACCUUAGCUUUGCUCAAAAAUUGUGAUAUUUUAUAAUAAUGACACUUAUAACAAAGUUAUGGAUGGAAGUACGCACAGUAUGACUUGGAGACCUACACAUGUACUAUCCAAAACUGUAUAAAAUGUAUUUCUACUGUAAUUGUGAAUUUGUGUUAUACAAAUAUAUAUUAUAUAUAUAUGUAUAUGACUACAAAAAAAAGUCAUUUUCUAUGUGUUUAAACUACAUAAGAGCUGAACAAAUGCUGAGGACGGUGUCACUGUACAUAGCUGUGAAUGAAAUCCAAUUUAAAAUGACUCAUAUUGAUUGUGAAUGUACUCAUGCUUUCUGCAGUACCUACACCUACCCAACUUGAAUGCUGCUUCUUCUGUUGUGUGACAAAAAGUACUUUGACCUCCGAAGAGAGAACUGCUGUCGAGUUAUAAGUUGGACAAAUUUUAGUGACGAUUUAACAGAACUAUUUAUUUCUUUAUUUAUUUGCACAUGCAAGUUGAAAUCCUUCCAGUUUUAAGUUUGAGUAUUAAUGCGGAGAAAUGUAAUUGCAGAAGUAUAUAUAAUAUAUAUCAUGUGUUUAGAAUGCAUUUUGCAGACGCUAUCUGUACAUACUAUUUAAGAUACAGUUUUUACAAAAAAUAAUAUAUGUAUAAAAUUGAAAAAAUGCUGUGCAGCGAUUAUACUAGAGCCAUUUUGGGCUUUGGGACGUACCAUUUUUUCA